AUGGACCUCUUUUGCUUACAAGAUGGGCUUAAAGAGCGUGAGCUCUGUGUGUUUUUCCGUAACAAUCACUUUAGCACCAUGUUUAAGUAUGAUGGUGAGCUGUAUCUUUUAGCUACAGACCAAGGUUACAUUAAUCAGCCUGAUUUGGUGUGGGAGAAACUAAAUGAGGUGAAUGGAGAUACAUUGUUUAUGACAGGCAACUUCAAGGAAUUCAAGGUGGAAAGUCAAUCAAAUGACCCAUGGAAUGAGCACAAUGCCAUGACCAGCACUGCUGACUAUCUUGCCACCAUUGAUAGUGCUGCACAAGCGGGUUUGGAUAUAAAUGCUGAUCUGCAACUGGCAAUAGCUCUGCAGCAACAGGAGUUUGAGCAGCAGCCGCCGCAACGCCAUAAUGUGCAGCAAGCAUCUAGUACUGGUGGUUCAAGACUAAUCACAGGCCCCCAGGUAGAUCGUUUGUAA